AUGUAUUUACAAACCAAAAGAACGGACUUUUCAGAAGUACUACGUGACACGAGAUCGCAGCAAAAGAUAUACAACAAAACAUUAAGGAGAUGUUUUCAUCAGACUUACAUAACAUUGGAUCAAGCAAAGUGCAGAAAGAAAAUUCAAGUAAACUCAGUAAGACUUGUGAACAUCUGGGAAUAUUCCGCCUUCCUACAAGCCCUGGCUGAAAUUGGAGCCAUUGAUGAAGAAUACUUGAGAGAGAAGAAAGUCAUACUUCAUGGAGCUGCACAUCCAGAAUUUUUUGCAGAAAAUAUUGAAGCUCCUCUACAGGCAGAUGUACGGGAGGCGUUGCAACAGAAAGGCGAAACAUACAAGCUGUUUGGGCCAGAGGAAUCUGAAUUUGGAAGAAUGGUAUUAAAAUUCGAGCAGAAAUUUUUUCCCUUUGGAGUAGUUGGCAAGUAUGUACUGGAACAGUCUCUUGAUUACAAUGAUGUGAUGAAAAUUCCCCUUAUGAAGAAAUUAAUGAAAAGAAGAAAUACUCUUAUGGCCAAAAUACAAUCUGAAAUUACAAGAAAUGUGAAUUACUUCAUCAAGAAGCGAGAGGAGGAUCCAAAUCGCCAUGUCUUUGAAAGGGCUAUCGUGCUCUUUCAGGCAGGCAAUGCUGAGGCACCUAUCUAUGCACUAAGCAAGGGUCAAUGCAAUGAGUUGGUUAUAAUGCCCAAAGCCAACGGGUCCUCUAUUGCUACGCCAGCUGCUACCGUCACACCUAAUCCUUCACCAUCCGUGUCUGGUAUAUCACUACAGAGCGACUCAGACACAAGAAACUUUCAAGAAGAUGCUCUUGCUGAUGAGUAA